UGGAGACGAGUCCGCGAGGGAGCGGAGGGAUUUCUGUGAAAACCCUAACUGGGAAGAGAGCUCAGUCUGCCAUGUUCUAAGCUCCACAAGGAGAAGCAGCUCUUCGAACAACCCCCGCUCCGCUUUGUUACCCGGUCAACGAGAAGCCGAUUGUUUCGGUCUUCCGUUUUCUAAGCCGUGGCCGACGGUCUCUCUCCUCUUCUCCUCCUCCCUCGCCUUAAAUUAUAGUACUAGUGGCAGAAGGGAGAGGAUAGCGACCUCACAGGUAACGCGUACCUGGAGAGAGAGAGAGAGAGAAGCUGUUCGAAGCAAUGGCGGGAGACGAUCCGACCUUCCCUGCAGCGAACGCCGACGAAGAGUUGAACCUCCGCAAGCCUGACGAGUUCCCGGUGGAUUCCGUCUCAUCCGACCUUGCCACCACCAAAGAGCUCAAGGCGGAGGGCGAGACGAGGACGAGAAGUGGCGGAGCGGACAAGGCGGAGAAGAGCGACCUCGGUGGCAGCCUGAUGUCCGUUCUGGUGAUCUCCGGCGUGGUCGCCGCGGCUGUUGGUGUGGCAUUUUUCGUGAGCAAAAAGCUAAAAGAAGCAUAGGGGCAUCGGGAAGAAAUUUACCGAUGGGAUCUAAUCGUUGCUUUGAUCACGUUGAACUCUUACACAUCUUUAAGAUAUACGCUGCUGUUUUAUUUUUUCUAGUAUUUUUACUGGAAGACAAAUUAUGUCUGAAGAUCUUCCCUUUUUAACAUGUCCUGUUUAAAUAA